UGCGCCCGUAGGUGUCCCCCACCCGGUAGCGCAGCUGCGGGUAGAAGCCGGCAUAGCUGCAGAGGCGAGAGGGCGAGGCCGGGCCCCACCAGCAGGUGUGGACCUGGCCUGUGGGCCGCAGACGAGAGCCUCCACCCGCCUGCAGAGCGCGGUCACGGCAGCCCCGCCAUCGGGCUCUGGGGCUCGAGUGGGCAGCUCAGGCCAAGCACCGAGAACAGGCCUGGCCAGUGGGAGGGGAGCUGCGUCGUCCUCCCCGCUGUCUGCCAGCCAUUUUCCAGCAAGGGUGGAAAGAUGAGAGAAUGGGGAGCUCUGCCCCCCAAAGCAUGGCAGGGAGGAGACGGGCUGGGCCUUGGGCUGAGGCACAGGGGAGCUGGCAGGAUACGGGGAGGGUGUGGGAGGACGCUGCUGGUGGGGGAGGUUCAGGCCUGUGGGGAAGUGGCGUGGGCGCCACGGCGGAGCCCUGAGGAAUGGCCUGUGUGACAGCAAGGGGUGUGCGCUGUUUUCUUUUUAAAACUUGCCUGGUGGCACGGUGCAGGGGGCACGGGCUCAGUCCCUGGUCGGGGAAGAUUCCACGUGCCACGAAGCAACCCACAACCACUGAGCCUGCCCGCUGCAGCUCCUGAAGCCUGUGCACCUAGAGCCUCUGCUCUGCCAGACAGCACUGCGCUGAGCAGCCGGGCACUGCCAUGGAGAGGGGCCUCCGCUCGCCACGGCCAGGGGGAGCCCCUGCGCCGAGCCCAGCGUGGCCGGAAGUAACAAAUACUAACACACAUAUAUAUAAAACAAAGUCUAUCAAAAAGAGCCUGCUCAAGUGAAUGCAGGUCAGUCCACGAGCUGAGCGAGACUGAGCCUGAAGGGCAGGGCCUCUUCAGUGUCACCAGGGUUGGUUCUGUUCUUACCAGCCUUUUUUUUGCGUGUGGUCUGAGUGUGUGUCAGUGUGCACACUGCGUCAGUGAGGAGGCCCAUUUCUGUUUAUUUUUGGUCUUGCUGUGUGGCAGGCAGGAUCCUAGUUCCCCAACCAGGAAUCGAACCUGUGCCCCCUGCAGCGGAAGCUCGGUCUUAACAGCUGGACCCCCAGAGAACUCCCCGUUUCUGUUUUUGACGUGGGGACACCUAGCAAGGCGGCCUGAAGGCCAUGCCCAUCAGUUCACUCUGGGAGCUCAUGUCCUCUUUAUUUUUUUAAUUUAUUUUUUCAUGUUUUGGGGGCACAAGGCAUGCAAGGUCUUAGUUUCUGGGCCAGGGAUCGAAUCCUUGCUCCCUGCGGUGGACGCAGAGUCUCUAACCCCUGGACCUCCAGGGCUGUCCCAGCUCAGCUCUUCUUUAAAGCAGGAUGCACUCUGGAGGGAGAGGCCAGCACCCCCAGCUGUCAUGCUGACCCCAGCCUCUGCUCUCCGCAGACGUGCGCCCACCUGGCACGGCUGCACCGGCAGGGUGGGCCGGCCAGGCCCCCGCAAACCUGCCCCAGCCCUCCUGCCUGGCCUGCAGCCUCACCCCGCUCCCCGGGCACCCCGGUUCCCAGCUCCCGCCCAAGAGCCCCCCGCUCCGGCCUCAGCUUCCUGGAGACCCAGUUCUGGGAUCCCCUCAGGGCCCUGGCUGUGCUGCGCCGCCCCCGGGGACCCAGGCCCGGCCCAGGCCUGUGGCGCUUACCCAGGGAUGUAGUGAGGUUCUGGCGAGAAGAGGUUGUGCUUCUGAGGGGCUGUCAUCGCGCCUCAGUUCUGCGGGGCUGCCUCCAGCCCCACGCCUGUGCCUGCCACCAUCCAGAGAGGAGCCCUGUUGCCUGGCAACCAUUGUGAGGAGGCCUGACUGCUGGGCUGCCCUGCCCGCACCGGUGAGCACUCCCCCCUCAAGGCGGGGCCACAGACUGGGGCUGUCACACUGGGGACCUAGCACUUGGAGAACAGGAGCCCCAGUGGCAGCCCAGGCAGCCCCACUGGGCAGUGAGGGGCAGGCCUGGGCCAGGACGCUCACAACCCGCAGGAGGCCAGGAGCCUGGUGAAAAACAGCCCCUCGGGGUGAGGCCAACUGAGCCCCCCACCCUGAGCCCCCUCCUCAGACACGAGGCGCUGGCCACUCUGGAGGCACCGCCGUGAGGUUCAGCAGGCUCCAUGCUGCUGUGCUGUUGUCGGGCCUGGAACUAGGGCUGGGGGCCACCUGGGAGGAGAUGUGGCCCCCAGCAGUGCAGGAGCUCCAGGUGGGGCUCAGGACGCAAACCAGCCCCCUCCAGGAGCCCCUCACUCGGAACCUGAGGGGGCUGUGGCUGGAGCAACGCCCGCCCAUCACGACCGACCUGCAUGUUCCCGGCCCCACCAAGUAUCAGGUGCCAGACGCGUCGCUGCGAGAGUCCUCCCCACACCCCCACUUCAGCAUCAGCCGCAGGCACCCCACCCAUGAGGGCGGAGGCCGCAGGGCGUGGCAGACUGUGUGGUUCCAGAGUGAAAACCCCUUCACCCAGAAAACUGACUUCAACCGAGAGCAGAAGUGGCCAUCGCCUGCCGACUACCAGCUGUCCAGCCCGCCUGCCUGCCCAGCCUUCAGCUUCAGGGGCCGCCCUGCGUCCAGGCCGCCUGAGGCCCGAGCCCGCCAGGGGGUGCUGCAGGGCGGGGGCGCAGGGCCCCGGGCCCAGCCCCUCCUGCAGGCCCCUCCGCCCACAGGGGACGAGACAGGGCCUGGCCCCAGCACCUACAACAUCCUUCCGGGCUGCCGUCUGAAGGGCCCAUGCCCACCCGCCUUCUCCAUGGGCCGCUCGCCCCUGCUGGCCUCCUGGGUGGGCUCCUCCUGCACCCCAGGCCCGGCCGCCUACGAUGUGGAGGACUGCUAUAGCUCACGGUUCCCCUCAGCACCCGGGGUGGUCAUCCAAGGCGUGCGGAGGCCCAAGCGCCACGACACUGGCCCCUUCUGUGCGCUCUAGAGCCCGUGGGGUGCACCCGGCCUGCCGGGUCAGCACAUGAAACCCUGCCCCCCGGGGGCCUUGCUGGGCCUCCCUCUGGAACUCAGUGCCCCCCACCCCCGGCCUGGCCUUCUGACUCUCUGGGCACCUCUGA